GGAACUUAAUAAAUAUAAGAUAUAUAUCUACGUAAUUGUACAAUGGAUGUUGGCAAAAGUCUUUGAGAUAAGAUGAAAAUUCGGGAGACGACACAUCUAAUCAAAAAAAAAUAAUUUUGAAAAUCACGUGUAUUUCCAUAAAAGUUUUUGAUAAUCCACAAAAUUGUUUUCGAAUUUUGUUUGGUGGUUCUCUUUCUUCUGUAGACCUAACAACAAAUCUUUUUGUUUCAAUUUUUUAUUUAUCUUUGAAAAAAACUACUAUCAAAUGGCUUCUAUUAACGUUAAAGUUGCUCGAUGGACCGCACUAGCUCUUGGGGUUACAUAUGGUUUAGUACAUAGAAGAUCAUUGGUUAACGCUGAAGCAAAGAAAAAAGCGACAGCUGAAUAUAAACAUAGAGAGGAACUAAUUAACGAAGCUAAAUUAGCCUAUUCCGCAUCUAAAAAGCAUGAUGAUGUCAUAACAGAUCCAGAUGAUCCAAACUUUGAUUUAGAAAAACUUAUUAAUCAUUUCGAAAAAAAAUAGGCACAUCGACAAUAAAAAUUGUAUUAGUAUUAAAAAAGAAAAAUCGACAAAAAUAAUCAAACAUUUUUUUUUUAAAGAAAAAAAUUUUUUUUUUUCUAUAAUAAAUUAAUUCCAUGCAGCUAAGUAUAAAGAUUGAGAAUUUACUUGUUUGUCUUUAGGUGAAUUAAAUUAUUGGGAGUGGAUUUGUGAAAUAAAAGUAAAAGAUUGUUUUUAUAUUAUCUAGAGAUUUUUUUUUUUUUAAAAAAAAAUAUACUUUGAUUUUAUCAAUAAAACAAUAAGGUGGAAACAA